AUGGCUCGGUUCCAUCUUCGGCUCGCCCGUAAGCACGGGGAAGUUGGCGAGGGUCCUGAUCAUUGUGUGAAGUGUCUCCACUUUAAAGAUGGUCCUAACUGUGUGGAGAAGUGUCCUGACGGCCUUCAGGGGGCCAACAGCUUCAUCUUUAAAUAUGCCGAGGCCAACAACGAGUGCCAUCCCUGUCACUCCAACUGCACGCAGGGGUGUAUUGGACCCAGACUGCAGGACUGUAUUGGCAUGAUGGACAGGACUCCCCUGAUUGCUGCCGGGGUGAUAGGGGGCCUCUUCGUCGUGGUCAUUGUGGCUCUGAGUGUAGCCGUGUCUGUCCGCAGGAAGAGCAUCAAGAAGAAGAGAGCCCUGCGACGCUUCCUUGAGACAGAGGGUAUCUGGGUCCCGGAGGGUGAGACUGUGAAGAUCCCAGUGGCCAUCAAGAUCCUGAACGAGGCAACGGGACCGAAGGCCAAUGUGGAGUUCAUGGACGUGAGUGUUUUACUGGCUCCGUAG